GGGUCGGAGGGAGGAGGAAAAGGGCGCUUCGUUUUGGGGAGAGAUGGGGGUCCUUCUCCGCUGGCCCCCCCUGAUCCUGGGGGCGGCUGCCCACCUGCUGCUGCUGCUCCUGGACUGCGCAGGCUCCACUUCUCACUCCCUGCGCUACUUCGUCACAGCCGUGUCUGAGCCUGGCCAGGGGCUGCCCCAGUUCAUCAUUGUGGGGUACGUGGAUGAACAGCAAAUUGAACAGUACGACAGUGACACCAAGCAGGAUCUUCCUCGCGUCCCCUGGAUAAGGAAGGUGGAGAAGGAGGAUCCUCAGUACUGGCACACGGAGACUCAGAUAUCUCAGGGCGCUGAGCUGGGGUUCAGGGUGGAUCUGCAGACUCUGCAGAAUCGCUUCAACCAGAGCGGAGGGAUCCACACCUUUCAGGAGAUGUAUGGCUGUGAGCUGAGGUCAGACGGGCGCAAAGGAGGGUAUAGGCAGUACGGCUACGACGGGAGAGACUUCCUCGCCUUCGACAAGGAGACCCUCACCUGGACGGCAGCCCAGACGGAGGCCCAAGUGACCAAGAGGAAGUGGGAUGCUGACUUGGCCUGGAACCAGCGCACGAAGCACUACCUGGAGGAGAUUUGCAUUGAGUGGCUGCAGAAAUUCCUGGACUAUGGAAAGGAGACUCUGCAAAGAACAGAGGCUCCAGUGGUGAAGGUGACCAGGAAGGCAGACUAUGACGGCCUGGAGACCCUCGUUUGCCAAGUCCACGGCUUCUACCCCAAGGAGAUUGAGGCCAACUGGGUGAAGGACGGGGAGGUCUGGCAGGAGGACACCCUCCGAGGAUUGGUCGCCCCCAACUCAGACGGGACCUACUAUCUCUUGCUCAGUGUCAAGAUCGACCCCGAGGAGAGGGAGCGCUUCCGGUGCCGCGUGGAGCAUGACAGCCUGGAGAAGCCUCUGGAUGUGGCCUGGGAGAAGGAGCCUGUCAACCUGGGGCUCAUUGUGGGAGCCAUUCUGGGUGUCGUGGCUGCUAUCCUGCUGGUCUCUGGGAUCAUCAUCUUCUUUAUCCGCAGGAAACCAGCCUACGAAGAAACCCCAACAAGUGACCAGGGGCCCGACAGCUCCGCCAGGGUUUCAUACCAGCCUGGUGUGUGAGAUGAGACCAGAAGGAGCCUGCCCAAGUUUGGCUGUGAAUUGCAGAGGCUCAGAGCUCCUGCUGCCCUUUAAUGCUGUUCCUUAAUCCUGGCUCUCACCCAUUCAUUCUGACUCCAGGUGUAACUUGAAUUUGAGGGUAAUCAUGCUUCUCUGAUGGAUUAUGGCCAAUUUUGCUUUGCAGAAAUGUGCUUGUAUUAAUGAGAAAUCUCCCAGAUAUAUGCAACUAAAAGCUUUUAAAAUUAAUGAGGAGACUAAUGUCUCACAACAAAUGAAACUGAUCUGUACAAAACACAACUUGAAAUAAGAGACAUUACACAUAUUUUUGUAAACUAAGAAAUCUUUAAUAGAAAUACAUUUUAAAAAUUAUAAUAUAAAAAGGGGAUGAGGAGAUUGACAACCACUUGCAGUGAUUUUGAUGGUAUCUCUUGGUUCUUUGUUGCUGUGGUUCCCUCCACAAGCCCUUCCCCAAUCUUAUGUCACUCACUUUCCAUCCAAAUUGAAGGAAAGGCAACAUCUUUACGUGUGUUAUGCGUGAAAUAGGCUAAAUUGUUACUGCCUACCUGCCUCUUGGGCUGCCCAGCCUAUGGCUAAGUGGAUGUCAUGUCAUGGAAUGUAUAAAAGCAGCCUAACUGCUCUGGCUGAGUGUUUUCCACCCACCUUCUGUGUGAAGGAACUGAGUGGCUGAAGACUAGAGAGGCUGUCAGAAUUGGAUCCCAUUCUAAUCUGGAACCUUGCAAGUCUCCCUCAGAAGAUGAAGGACAUUGGCCAUUGAUCCCGUAGAAGCCAAGGAGGGCAUCAUCUCCAGUUACAACAUCUGGAUAUGGACGGGUUUUGUCUGUUGACCAAGAGCCGUGCUCCAGUUCCUCUGCAGAUGGGAGGGAUGUCCCUCACCCGCCCUCCUGGGUCACCUCCUGCAUCCCCAGAACCUCACUGUCCUGUCUGACUAGAUCCAGAUUGGUCCAGAAGUGACCUCUGAGGCCUCUUCUCAAACAUCCUCAGGCUGGGCAGAGAAUGAGGAGCUCCAGCGGGCAUUCAGACCCUCCCUGUAGCAAUGGCAGCUGCUGAGGCAGUUUCCUCCAGACCCUCUUUCUGUCCCGAUACCUUCAAGGCUCCAGUUCUCCAGCCUGGUUCAUGGAGCUCCACGUCCAGGACAACCAGCUGCUGAGCUCUGGGGCUCCACCCUGGGCCUCCCAUGAUGCCCUGGGGCAGUGAGUUGAGAAACAGGCUGGAGAGGGAGGAAGAAGCAGCUGAAGGGGGAAAUGGAGAAGCAGGGAACUGAGAGGAGGUAGAGAGGCUGAGGGGAUGGGGUGUAGCUACUCUCCUACAGAGAUGAGAGGGACUGAUCCUGCUGACAGCCAAGGAGCAAGCCAGGAAGGAGACCUCCAGAGGCCCCAGGACUCUUCUCGCCUAACCCAAUGGAUUUGCUGCACCUUGCUUUGAAGACACUGGAUGUAAUUUUUUUUUUUUUUACUUUUGUAAUAUAUGUUUGACUUAAAUAAAUAAGGGUGCAGCCCCUUUGUCUUUA